AUGCCCCUCCAGGACCCACGGCAGACGCCCGUCAAUGAGGAGCCCCCGAAGAAGCCCCGACCGACAGCGAUUCGAGGAGGUCUAACGGUUUCCCAGGAAGCCGCCGUGAAGGCAGCUUGGAAAGAGGCAGGCCCCACAGCUUUGCAGCUUUUGUCGAAGGAGGAUGGACAGGUGGAUCCGCUAAUGCGACAAAGGUCCAAGGAGCUCGUGGUGGAAGGUUUGGAGAUGAAGCAGAGACAACUCUCUGGCCAAGCGGCUUCCUCAAGCGAGGAAAACACGGAUGAUGGCCCGUUUUCCCGGAGCGGGCACAAGGCUUCUGCUGCUUUGGAAGCAGCAGCAGAUUUGGUCAAGAAGCAUCCGCUGCUGGCUGCUGCCGGCUCUCCUGCAGAGCGAGACCGAGGAGCCGCUCGAGCUGCUUGUGUGAGGAAGCUGGGGUAUGAGCAGGCGGAACAAUCGGCACUCAAACGACUCAAGAGUGAGGCGGCCCUUCGGCAGCUUCGAGAGCGACAUGCUAGGGAGCUGGCUGAAGCAGAGGCCAACCUCUUCGACGAGGACUUCCAGGAGACGAUGCCAGCAGAGGAGCAACUUCGGUUUCUUCGCGAAGAAGAAGAGCAGGAGAAGCAGAGACUCGCAGAGGAGCGAGAGGCCCGACUUCGUGAGGAGCAGAGGCUCGCAAAGGAGCGAGAGGCCCGACUUCUUGAGGAGCAGAGGCUUGCAGAGGAGCGAGAGGCCCAACUUCGCGAGGAGCAGAGGCUCGCAGAGGAGCGAGAGGCCAGACGUUUGGAGGAGCAGAGGCUCGCUAAGGAGCGAGAGGAUGCCAAGUACCGGGAGUUGGAGAGACUCGCAAAGGAGCGAGAGGCCCGACUUCAGGAGGAGCAGAGACUCGCAGAGGAGCGAGAGGCUCGACUUCGUGAGGAGCAGAGGCUCGCAGAGGAGCGAGAGGAGGCUCGACUUCGUGAGGAGCAGAGACUUGCAAAGGAGCGAGAGGCUUUCCAGCAGCGACGCUCGAGUGGAGUUUCCUUGCAGUCUGGGUCGAAGGGUGGAUCAGCCGAGUCCUUGUGCAGUCUCAAAAGGAAACUGUCGCUGCUUUCCCAGGAGUCGGAGCCGACUGCAGCUUCCGAGGCUGCCGAGGCUGCUAGUGGUAUCCUCGCACCGCACGAGCAACGACAGAUCCACAAGCUCGCGACUGAGUCCAUGACCCGGGCUUCCAGCAACAUCAUACAACAGGGCAUCGCCAGAGGAGCUUCCGAGGAUGAGAUGCAGUCGCAGCUCAUGCAGUACUACGAUGAGGUCGUGACUCAGCUUAUGCAGGAGCUUCUGGAGGAGAAUACGAAAGCAAGGAAGCUCCCAGCCCAGGACAGAACCCCCGCGACCACGGACUCGCCGAAGCCUGCCGUGGACCCGGAGCAGGCCUUGCUGAACGCCGUGGGCCGUCAUGCACCUGCCGACGAGAAAAUCAAUUCCCGAACCCACAAGUUGGAAUGGAAUUGCCUCUACCGAAUGUGCACCCCCUCUGCCAAAGGGACCAUAAAGGUCGACAAGGAGAUCUAUGACAAGUGGAACAGUACGGAGCCCGGUGUCAAAGACACUUUGUUUCGCGACUUUGUGAAGAAGUGCUACCAGCCGGGCGACACCACCGGCAACCAGGCAAGAAUCGAAUGCUUGAUCAAGUACCGCCGCGAGAAGCUCCGAUCCCAACGGGUCAACGUCAUUCGGGCUUGGAUGACCGAGGAGGACAUGGCCAAGGCCGGCUGGGUCAAGAUCCAGGGGGCGAUGAAGUAUUGCCAGGCUCACAAGCUGGUGAAGAAAUGCAAGUACACCAACCAGGAUAAAUUCCUGGUGGAGGUGGAGGACAAGGUGGACGACGAAUCCUUGGAAAGCUUGAGGCUUGCUGAGGAAACCCAGGCCGCCGCCGGAGAGUUGCCAAGCGACUUCCAGGGAUUCUCCUUGCAUCUCUCAGAAAGCCUGGGGCUGGAGGAUCAGCCCGGUCCGAAGCCCGAAGAGCCCAAGUCGAAACUCGAAAGCUUCCCUGCCAUUGAGAUGAACAGAUUGUCGGAGCGAGUGAAAAAAUACAAAGAUCACGCAUUGGCUCGGAAGUCCAAGUUCAACACGUCUGCCGAUCGGCUCCGGGAUGAAGGUGCCACCGGGCACGAGACUCUUAUUGGCAAUGGAAAGCUUGCAUUUGUCAAUGGCAGUCCAUGGCACGUGCUACCUCAGGAAAGAUCUCGAGGACCUCAAGAAGUGCUUGGGUCCCUCGAUGCAGUUUGGUGUUUUCAGGUUGCUCAUGUGUGUUUGCGAGGUCUUGGGUGUGCUUUUCCAGUUCGGUCUCUUCACAGGGAUGUUGUGUCAACAUGUCUAUGGGCCACGAACACAUCUACACACGUAUAUACACGAAUACACACACAUAUACAUAUACAUGUGUGUAUAGCAACACCAGCUACACACGCACACACAUGUUUGUUCUCCCUCUCGUUCCCUGCUUGCGGUUAUAUAUUUAUUAUGGGGCUUUAA